CUCAGCAACCGAGCCGUAAAUCCACGCCAUCUUCUGAAACGGCCUUCUGCUGCGCUUCUCCGUUGCCACAACGACCACGCUGGACCGUAAAUGAGAACAGUCGUCAAAAUAAAACCCUUCGGCUCUAACAGUACGUGGGGAGUUUAAAUUCUUCCAUUGAGAGAAAGAUAAUACCAAAUGGCAGAAGCAAUUUUUCAUCCUCCCAGAAGGAAAAGAAAAGUAUAUGAAUCAUAUGAUUCCCCAUUCCCUAUUUCUCCUUCCGUAGAAGGCAAUCAUGGAAGAGUUUAUAAAAUGUGCCGGGCUGAAUUGAUAAAUAACAAUGUAAUUUUGAAGAAUCCUGAAGAUAUAGAACAAUUAUAUAGCAAGGGAUUUUUUGGAAAAGGUAUUCUUUCAAGAAGUCGACCAGAAUAUAAUAUUUCAGAUCCUAUGUUGACUGCUAAAUGGAAAGAUGCUAAAUUAAAUAUGCCAAUAAUCUCAUCACAAAAAUACCAGCGUUGUGUUGAAUGGGCUAAAAACCGUCUGUCAGAACAAGGACUAGAUGACUCCACAAUUAACAACAUCAUACAAAAUUACACUAAACAAAUUAAUCUGAGAAUAGAAACUGGACAAAAUAAUGGAGUUCAAGAUGAAGAAACAUUUAAAAUGGAAGCUAAUAAAGAACGAACACUUUUAAUGGCUUCAUCUGAAAUUAAUGACAAUAACAGGUCUUUCAAAGAUAAUUCACGUGAUUCAUUAGAUAAACAUGAGUGUAGUGAAUCAGAUAUAACAGACUCUAACAUUUUAGCUAAAACUCCUUCACCACAACGAUGUAUUCUCAAUAUGUAUGAUAGCUGCAGAGAAGACAAUUAUGUUGAACCAGAAUCUCAUUGUUUCAGUAAUAAUGAAUAUGAGCACGAGCUCGUAUUAAUAGAAGAAAAAGAAUCAGAUUUGUGUAUGAAAGAGGAAACAAGUGAGGAAUUGCAUUUAAUUAAAAAAGCAAACUUAGUAUGCCGAAGAAAUCCUUUCUGGAUUUUUGAAUAUCUGCAACUCAGUCUAGAAGAGGCUUUUUUCCUGGUCUAUGCUCUCGGGUGUUUAAAUAUUUAUUGCAAUGAGGCACCUUUAUCUAUCUUGACGUUAUGGGACCUUUUUAGUAAAGCACAACCAAAUUUUAAGGCUACAUACAUGGCUUAUCAUUACUUCCGCAGUAAAGGAUGGGUCCCUAAAGUUGGCCUGAAAUAUGGAACUGAUUUGUUGCUAUAUCGAAAAGGCCCUCCUUUUUACCAUGCCAGUUACUCUGUAAUUGCUGAAUUAAUUAAUGAUGAUUUUGAUGGACCAUUGCACAGACCAUUCAGUUGGAAAACUUUGUCUGGAUUGAACAGAACUACAGCAAAUGUUUCCAAGGAACUCAUGUUCUGCUAUUUGAUUAAGCCAUCUGAUAUGAAUGAAAAAGAAAUGCUUUCACCUGAAUGUCUCAAAAGAAUGAAAGUCCAGGAAUUGAUCCUAAAUCGUUGGGUUUCAUCUUGUGAACGUAGUGAACAAGAAGAGGUGUGAAAUUGGAAUCCAAAAGUUGAGCAAUAUUAAUAAUAGAAUUGUAGCAAACUAAAUAAAGUUUAACUAUUCCUCCUUUUAGCAUGUGUAUAUUAAAUGUAUAUAAUAUAGAGCACUGCAAGUUUGAUUUUUUUAUGAAAGCUCAAAUGGAUAGUGACAAUAUGAGCAUGUUUUAUGUCUAUUAGCGUAAUACUUCUAGACUUAAUUAAGCUCUGCUAUAGUCUUGGCUCAAAAUGUUGUUCUAGUUACACCAUGUAUGUUGGAGAUGGCUGAAAUCAAUUAAACAAAGUGGGUUUUUUUUACUUCUGUCAACCAAAAUUUCUUGCUACAUUAUCCCAAAUAAAAGUACAUUUUAUUCA